CCCAACCCCCUAGCAGCCGGCCGCACUGCAGAAGGUCAGAAGAGGAGAAGAAGAAGAAGAGGAGAGAGGCAAGGCAGGGGUGGGGUGUGUGUGUGUGUGUGCGUGUACGGGAAUAUGCCGAGGGGAGAGCGAUGACAACCAUGCUGAGCCCAAAGAUCAGACAGACCAGGAGAGCCAGGUCGAAGAGCAUGGUGAUGGGCGAGGUGUCGCGAGGCCCGUGCAGGCCAGCCUCCCCCAGCCUCCAGGAGGGGGCGCUGAAGGCCGGAUGGCUGAAAAAGCAACGCAGCAUCAUGAAGAACUGGCAGCUACGCUGGUUUGUGCUGCGCUCAGAUCAGCUCUACUUCUACAAAGAUGAAGAAGAAACCAAACCACAGGGCUUUAUACCCCUACAGGGAUGUCAGGUCAAUGAGCUCACGGCCAACCCAGACGAACCAGGCAGGCACCUCUUUGAGAUCGUACCAGGUGGAACGGGAGAGAAGGACCGUGCCCCGAUUAGCCAUGAAUCCUUCCUGCUCAUGGCAAGCUCGCAGACCGACAUGGACGACUGGGUCAAGGCCAUACGGCGGGUCAUCUGGGCGCCAUUUGGCGGAGGAAUUUUUGGCCAACGUCUGGAGGACACAGUACAGUUUGAGAGGAAGUUUGGACCCCGGCUGGCACCACUGUUGGUAGAGCAGUGUGUGGACUUCAUCAGAGAGAGGGGCCUGGACGAGGAGGGUCUCUUUCGGAUGCCCGGACAGGCCAAUCUGGUCAAAGAUCUUCAAGAGGCCUUUGACUGCGGAGAUAAGCCUUUGUUUGACAGUAACACAGACGUCCACACGGUGGCGUCCUUGCUGAAGUUGUACCUGAGAGAACUGCCUGAACCAGUCAUUCCUUUCUCCAAAUAUGAGGACUUUCUAACCUGUGCACAGCUUUUGGCCAAAGACGAGGAGGAGGGGAUCCAGGAGCUUGGGAAACAAGUUAACACUCUACCUCUGCCCAACUACAAUCUCCUCAAGUACAUAUGCAAGUUUCUUGAUGAGGUUCAGUCCCACUGCAACGAGAACAAGAUGAGCGUUCAGAACCUGGCCACAGUAUUUGGACCAAAUAUCCUUCGAACCAAGAUGGAGGACCCAGUUACUCUCAUGGAAGGAACUUCUCUGGUCCAGCACCUAAUGACAGUCCUCAUUAGGGAACACCAGCGGUUAUACUCAGGAAGUGAGCACGAAGGACCUGCUUUGCCCCUAAUGGAGUUACCUGCCCAGGGGCAUCAGCUCCAACACCGCAGCCUGGGAGCGUGGAUAUCUGAGGAGGAUCUACAGAGCGGUCCAGGUUCCAACACUGAACAAGAACUCCACAGCAGUGCCUCAUCUCUGGACGCCAAACUGUCUGCGGCCAUCACCCCUAACCCAAACCCUGGACCAAAAAUGGCACCUUCAACGGGGAAAGGAGAGCCCGUUGUUAGUCCAAGUAAACAAGCCAAGACUAUGCCUUCCUGGAAAUACUCUUUCAAAAGUUCUUCAACUCCCCGUUCCCAGCCACAGGCUAAGCAAGCUACCACAGGUGCCACAGUGGCAGAUACAAGUACUCCUUCCGGUGGCGGAGGUAACUGGCUCAUGAACGGUCUGUCCUCCUUGAGAGGACACCGCCGCACUUCUUCAGGGGAGCGAUCCGCCAGAGAUCGUGACUCUACCGGGUCGUCCCAGAGACUGUCCACUUAUGACAACGUCACGUCUUCCUCCAGCACAGGGAGCGUUCCCAGUGUCUCCAGCACACCGUGGUCGAGCUCCUCUUGCGAUAUCUCCAUUCCAGACUCCAGCGGAGAACCUCAGACACAUCAGAACUUUGGAGGUGGAGCGGAUAGCGAUGAGAGGACAGAGUGGACAGAGAGCCAGAGGGAGACUGAGAGGGAAAAGGAAGCAGGAAGGAUGAUGGAGCCGGGCGUGGACUUGGAUGGAUGCGAGGCCAUGGAGCUUUGCAGCAGCAGCGCGGCAUUCGGCGAGAGCGAAAACGUACCCAUGGUGGCAGGGGUGCCGUCCAUUAUUAUGACAGAAGACGGAGAUGGGACUACCCUGACCCUGAAUACUCUGGUGGAGGAACUGAAGGAGGAGUUGAGGAAACAGAGGACAACAUAUGAGACCAGGAUUCAGAAAUUGGAAGAGUCCAGCACAGCGCUGUGUGCCCAGGUGGAGCGUUUAGAACAAGAGAUGGAGCAAGAGAAGAAGAAGCAGCGCAUGCUGGAGAUCAAGCUGCGGAACUCUGAGCGGGCGAGGGAAGACGCCGAGAAUCGUAACCGUCUCCUGGAGAAGGAGAUGGAGGAUUUCUUCUCCACGCUGGGCAAUCUGGCCCUGGGCUCAAGGACAAGCGACAUUUGACUCAACAUGGAUUUCCUGUUUUAGCAUUAGCAGAAACAGCGCCGUAGCCAUCAACUGACGUCUCUGGGCUCGAAGCAGCAAGACGCUUCUUUAAGAAAAUAACUAUCAGUAAAAGAAUGAAAGGAAGCAUACUGUUGCACAUUUCUAACAAGCUUGAAAUUGAUGAAAAGAAAUGCUGAAGGACGUAAAUGUCAUCAUUGUUCUGUGAGACUGUCCAUAGGAGGGUUGACUCUGUGGCAUGCUUGAAACUGAACAUGAAGAUGGAGCUCCUACAGUUAGCAUUCUUCGUUCACUGAGGUUUCAUGUUUCUAAUGAAGGCAGCGUCAUCAACAUCUCAGGUGCCUGUUUUGUGACUGAAACAUGGUAACAUAACUCCCCCAAAGCUUUGUACCGGAGAGCGCUUCUUCAACCACUACUUUCCAUCGGUCUUGUACUAACACUGUAGAGUUGUAGGAACCAUUUAUUAUUUAUUUAUAUUUACAGAAACAAUAGUUUGAGAUUCGAUCAAAUCUGCUUUUUACCUUUUGCUUGAUUCUGUGAUUCUCAAACUUUUUAUAACUGUUACCAUCUCAGUAAAUACCACGUUUUUGGGGAAAACACCAUUUUGUCCAGAUAUAUUAUUUACUUAUCUGGACAUUAUUUAUGUUUUCAUGGUUUUGGCAGUUAUUUUAAAACUGUCACAACAAAAUAUGGAGUUUUUCAGUUUCUCUAAAGGUCUCCAAGUCAGAAUUCCCAGUGAGCCUUGAAUACAUAAUUUACCAAAUCUCGCUGGUUCUUAAUUUGGAACUGGAUAGGCUGAGUUUUAUCUAAAUCAUAGAUUCAAGUUUCAACUUCAGGGGCAAAAAAAUUCAUCAAAAGUCAGCAGACCUCGUUAUUGCUUCACUUUCACCUUACUUCUGACAGGGAUUAUUAAAAAAAUUUCUCCACUGCACUUCUAUUUCGAAAAUUUUCUGAUGAAGGAAAAGGGUCUGAAUCACAGACUAUAUGUCCCUAUCUACCUUGCAAAUAUUUAUUGCUAAAUUUAGCUAAAAUUCUUGUGAUGGGAGUCCUAAAGGAUUGUACCUUAGUACCUUAGUUUGAGAACUAUGGCCUUAGGUUAAGUAAUACUUUGACCAAUACUUGUACCAUAAAGUGCUGCCAGCUUGCUACUUGUUAGCAUAACAUCAGACCAAGAAAGAGCUAGCCACAUAUAUAUUGAAAAAGGCCUCAAAUACUCAGUAAUAUAUGGUGAAAUCUGUACUUCUAAAACACAAACUGUUCCGACUAUUUAUUUGAUUAGAAAAAGUGGUUUGGGCUUCGCCUGGAUUACCCAGCUAACUGGGCUUAGCUAUUGUGUACAUUGCAAGGUCAGUUGAUCAUUUGCUUUGUUGUUUGUUUUGGAAAAAUGAACUAAUCAGUGGUUAGUGUGUCUUCAUACCUGGUCAAAUAAAAUUAUCUGAAUACAAGAUAAGCAAUUUACCUUUAAAUAAGCAUGGCUAAUUGGACUAUGUACAAUAACAACUUUAGCAGAGGUCUUUCUAUUUUCCAUAUUUGUACUACAAACAAUGUUAAGUUUGUAUAUUGUAUUAACAAAAGCAGGUAUCAAUAAACUAGACUUUCAAUUUCCUAAGUAAAACCUAAACACAUCUGGACUGGACUUCUGCCACAGCUGCCUCAGUCCCAUAGUUGUCCUCAGGCCCUUCCAGUGCCUCUUGUUCAUCACCAUCUACACGGUUUCUGAGUCCAUUCGAUGGCAAAUCCUGGCUCUUCUGUUGGGCCCUCACAUUGUUAAUGUCUGUCAGGUAUCAAGGGUUACGUUUACAAUUCCUCAAGCAUUUAUUAUUUAAUCUAUCAUAUGGAGCCAGUGACUAAUCACUUAGCUCCCUUAAAGAUUUGUUCUGUUUUUACUUUUCUGUUCCGCUUAAAUGUUUGUAAUUAUAUUUCACAUCGGACAAAGAAAAAAUGAUUCCAUGCAUUAAGGGGGAAAUCCUGUCCAAAACAACCUCCAGUGAAUUAUAAGCCUGGUGGGCCACCAGGCUUUACUUGCAUCCCCACCAGCCUAAGGUUGUUUAUUUUAAGUAGGGUUUUUUAUACACCAUUAACGGUGACCGUAAAGACGGAUUAAGUGAGGUUUAUAGUAGAUGCGUUGAAUUGGGCGUAAGGGAGUUGUGCAUAAAUUGCACCAUCACCACACCUGCCCGUUGGCAGGUGCAUGCCCGUGCACCUCCAAAUUUUUGUAACUUUUAAAAAAUUUUAACGCAAAAACACAGUGGGCCGCUGGUAGAUUUCCCUAGCUCCACUACCAAUGGGCUUAGCAAGUUUUCUGGGGGAAACCCUAUUUAUCCUUUCAGAAAUGGGCAUUGUGGGUAGGCUGUCAAUGCGCUUUGGGAGUCAUUUGCGGAUAAAGGUUUUUGCGAGUAAAGUCCAAACGCUACUGAAAAGACAUUUUAAACCACUGUAUGUUUUUAACUUUUUUAGAUAAGAUGUUGCUUUUUGAGAUCUACUAGCCUACUUCGUGUUGGUCGACAAAUUGUGUGUAAGAUUCUUGAUUUGACAGGGCAGGCAACUGAAACUGAAUUUAACCUUCCAAAUAAUGUAGUUUAUUGUAAUUCAUAACUUAAUGGGAAGACAUUUUUUCUCAUAAGGCUUGUUUGGGUUGGAUCAUUUUUUCCCCCUUAAUACAAGAGAUCAUCAGUGGAAAACCUGCAUCCAUCACUACGGUUCUCUUUGACUUGAAACAUUUAGGUGUAAAAAAUCAAAACAGAAGGCAAAAUCUGUAAGGGGAGGAGGGAAUACUUUUCCAUUGCCCUGUUGGACACAGUAAAUACCAAAGCUGGACUGCCUCAUCAGCGAUUCACUCACAGGAGAUCAGAAUGGACUGCCUGGAAGCCAUGUUGAUUUUGGCACAUGAAGCUGAACACUGCCCUCAGAGAAACAAUGGAGUUUCCUGGCUGUGCCUUCAGGGAAGUGUUUUUGAACAUGAAAAAAAAAAAAGAAACGAAAUGUUGCUUGCUUGUCCUAAGAUGUGGUGCUAAUAUUCACCCACAUGGUGGCUGCUCCUUUUCUUUUCCUCUGUUUUGCUUUGUUGUAGUAUGGAACCAAUGCCUGAGGCUACUGAAUCAUUUAAUGGUGCCAAUUCCUGUUUGUAAAUUGUAAAGUGAUUGGAAGUUUUGCAUCUGGAAUGUAUCAAUAUAGUGAAUGAGUUAUAUAUCAAAAAUUAACGGCAACAAUUUGGGUUAUUUAGUCUGUCCGAAGAAAAACAUGGGGGCUCAUUUUUUAGUCACAUUUGCAUCAAGUUAUUCACUCAGUCAUAAGUGUCACAGUUUCAAACAAAAUAUUUAAUUAGCUAAAUAUGUGGUUUACAAACCUAAUAUUUGGUUGGCACUAACAAAAUUUUUAGAUUUGAACUAAAUUCUUAAUUUGCUAAUGCUAAUUAAAGAUUUAGCUCCAAACUAAAUAGCCUUAAGCUAACUAGUUAGUUUGUAGACUAAAUAUUUAGCUUGCUAUUUAUAUUGAGGCUAACUAUUUAGAUUGCUGUUAUUUUUUUAUCUAAAAAUUUAGUUUGGAGCUAGAUAACUAAAUAUUUAGUUUGCAAAUGCUAAAUAUUCAGUUAGCCAAUGAUAACUAAAUACUUUGGUUGGAGCUAGACACUUAAUUUGUAAGCUAAAUAUUUAGUUUGCUAAUUAAAUAUUCAGCUUGAAGCUACAUAUUUAGUUUGCAAACUAAAAAGUGUAGUUUGCUAAUUAAAUAUUUAUACCUUGAAACUGACAGAUAAAUGAAUGAAUAAGAAUCAAUCUGUAAGGUUUGUAAAUUGUAAAGUGAUUGGAAGUUUUGAAUCCAGAAUGUAUCAAUACAGUGAAUGAGUUUUGGAUUGAAACCAGCAAUGUGACAGAAAUGAAAGACUUUUUCUUGCAGUCAACUGAUGCAUUUGGGUCCAGCCGUACCUUUACAAAGUGGGACUAACACAGACGGUUUGGCUCAUCAUGUAAGAGUUUUCUUUGCAGUUUUAGUCUGACCCUUUAUACACCGACUAUUACAGUUCACUGAAAAAUUGAAUUUCGAUUGGACACUGUGAUUUUUGUGACACAAGGAUCAAAAAAGCAUCGUUAUUUUCCAGGUUUGUACAGUUUAGCUCCUCACUUCCUUCACAAAGUUUAGACUGUGAUGGUGAAAAAGCAAUGGCAGGUACUUGUAUGUAAGUAAGAUUCUUCUCAACAUCGAUGGUGCUUAUUUAUUAUAGAUUCACAUUGUUGUAAUGAAUGGCCGUGUCUGAGAAAUAAAGACAACUGUCACACAAGACAAAGGUGAACCUGAA